UAUCAGCGGUGCAGCGGUGACAUGAGCGCGUGGAGUUCCACACCCACAAAUAACAGCGCUCGAGACGUCGGGCUCACUGAGGACUCGGCUCGCUGCUCUACAAACACGUUCAGGAUCUGAUGCGAUGCAACCAGAAGGCAGGUCAGCAGGAGAACUGCUUCCUCGUUUGCUCGUCCUCGUUCAUGCACUUGGGGAGGAGUUCAUGAUUCCCUGGAACAGCUGACCAACACCGAGCACAAACGCAUCAACAGGGAGAAGAUGAUCUGCAGCAUCCUGCUGCUCAUCACACUGACCUCCUGUGUCUCUGCACCAUUAGUAGUGAAUGUGACACAGAGCUCCUAUCAGGCAGAGGAGAACCACGACGUCACUCUGGAAUGGCCGUUCCCUUCACUAACCGACAGGCCCCUGGACUCUUUUAUAAUCUUCUGUGAGAUGUUCACUGACAUCAGGCCCUCGGUCCUGUUUCAUCUCCACAACGGUGUCGAGGUCUCAGAGUCUCAGGAUGAACGGUUUGCAGGACGAGUCCAGUGUGACAGAGACGUCCUCAGAGAAGGACUACUCAGACUCCACGUGUCCAGACUCAGGACUGAUGACUCGGGCGAAUUCCAGUGUGAAGUGAUCAUAGAUCGAGCUGUCAGCCGCAGGGAGCGCCACCUCAUUGUCACCAAGGCCAGGGUUUGGCCCGAACCUGAAGAAUCAAAGCCAGCAUCCAACGGCGUCCAACGGGGACGGACGGGCCUGUUUUAUGCUCCGGUCCUGCCAGCAGCAGCUCUGCUGACAGUUUGUUUUCGGUUAUUUGUUCACUUCCGGCUGAGUGAACCAGCUUUGUCUUCCAGUGGUGGAUUUAAUAGAAUGAGCUCAGCACAUGGAUCAGUGGAAACCGUUUGAUCAACUAUGUAAAUGGGAAUUAUCGGUUGGAAUGGACACCAAAGAAAACACUCUUUUAGCAGGUGUUGAAACUAUAUCCAGGCACAUCAAACAUCUCAGCAGGUGAAGGGAAAACCACUACAAACGGUAGAAAGUUUAUUAUGUAAAGGUGUGUCGGUUGUGAUCUGUUAUGCAUGGAUGCAAUUGUAUAGCAUAUGGUAAACUAUAUUAAACGUGUUUUCCACCUGAAGGUUUGCAGUAAGGUGUAGACAAAAAACAAACAAAAAAAAGUAAACAAAACAAAUGCAGCAACACUUUUGGUGCAUCCACCUGUAACCAUAACACUGACCAGAUGUUUCCAGUUGCUAUAGAAAGUCUAAAUGAUGAGUCAUAGAAGCAGCUCUUCAUAGGUUUCUCUACAUUUGACAUAUACAUGGAUUGUGAGUACAUUGAAGACUUCUUUAAACGUGGCUUUACAACAGAUGAAAUACUUCAAUUGUUGAUGUUUCACAUGGAUUGUACUGAGCAAACACCCGUGAAUAGAAUGUUAAGCAAGAAGCAGCUCUGAAGUAUAAAGAAUAAAACCAAUGUGGCUGAGGUGACGACCUUCAAUAAACAGCAACUGGAACCUUUUUAUUUUUAUUUUUUGCUGGCAGAAAAAAGUUUAAAAAAAAGAAAUAAUUAUCUUUUUUUUUUU